AUGCACUCCACACCAUCAGCAUAUGAACAAUACUAUUUGUGUAAGUUGUUAUCUGACAGUAACUAUGAAGAUGUAGAUAAACCACAUCCUGUAGAAAAUAUUACUAAGAGAUAUAAAGACACUGUAUCCCAUAUCGAUGAAACCAUAUGUAAAAUUGCAUAUCUGGCUGAUUGUGCAUCACUGAGUAGUCUAAUCGAUGUGAUACAGCAGCAUGAUAUUAAAUUUGUAUUUGAUAUAGAAAAUAAGAUAAGACAUUAUACUGUAUUUAAAUGGCUAAAGAAAAACGUACCUAAAGGUAACAUUGGAGAUAAGUCACUAGGAUGGAGUUCUGGACCAUGUGGUGUGAAAUGGCCAUCCACCAAAUUUGAAGAUUAUGUUGCAUGUUUGAGUGUCUUAUGCGAUUUAUCCAAAACGCAAUAA